UCUGAUUUUCUUACAAUACCACACUGGUACCAUAUGGUAUUCUAAGGAGAAACCACCCGCGUAGUGGUCAAAGUACUUACAGUUAAAUACAUUUUCUAGAAAAGUAUAAAAAUGACAAAAAAACCUAUUAUAUGACCUGAUUUUUUUACAAUACCACACUAGUACCAUAUGGUAACUAUAUAGUAUUAUAGUUUUUCCACAAAAAAAAAAUGUUGCUAUGGUUCCAUUUACCAUAAUACCAUAUGGUAUGGUGAGGUAAGAUCACUUGAAAACCUGUUCAACAACCUUUGAUGUGUUGUACGCUAUAUUGCUUACUGGUAGAAUAUGGUAUGGUAUGGUAUGGUAUGGUAUGGUAUGGUAUAGCAAAUCUUCUAUUCUUGAUGCAGGUACAUCAUGUCAAAACCAAGGGACGAUUUUCGCACAAGGUGCAGCCCAACAAGAAUCAACACACUGUCAAGGGCAUUAACAGCUGAACUGAGGGAAAAAUUGCAGGAAUUAGGCCUUGAUGGCUUAACAUCCAUCCAGCAAACAAAGAUAAACAAAAACUUUGCUUUAUUCACAAUGAGCAAGUACAAUCCAACAAAGCAAUCAUUCAAGCUGCCAGAUGGAAACUACAUGAAGAUAUCGCCAAUUGACUUUCAUAGAGUUUAUGGUCUACCAAUGGGUAAAAAGGAAGUGACGCUCAAGAAAUUAUCAGUGGAAGAAGUAGUAGACUAUGCGUUGCAGGUCCUACUAGAACUAGAACCUCCAGCUUCAAAUGCAAGGGUGAAAUUACUUAACUUAGAGCAUGACGUUUCUAAUGUUCAUACCAUUGAGUUAUGGAUCAAACUUUUCUGGUUGCUGGUUACGGGAGGUCUACUGUCCCCAUUUUCAAACCUUACUGCUGAGUUGAAUGUGUUGGAGUACUUGCAGCCAAACAAAAUCAAGCAUUUCAAAGAAUAUAAUUGGUGCAAGUUCUUCUUCGACUAUAUGAAUGAGGGGUUGAAAUCAAGAAAGUUGUACGUCAAUGCAGAUCUUCAUUUCUUAACAGUAUCUAUACCCUCAAUAAUUUCAUUUCAAUUAGUAUACCCUAAAGCAUUACAAAUCCUGGUACAUCAAUACUAAUACAACUGUUUCUCCUUUCCACAAACAAAUAAAAGGUAUGCUUCAUGUACAAGUUGGAUGAAAUUGCCUUCUCCACCCAGUUUCAAAUCCCAACAACAAGCUAUUAUGAUGACCUUGUUGUGCAAAGAAACUAUGAAAACAUAGUCAGCUACUACAGUGGAGAAGCACUUCAUGAGCUAAUGAAGAUACAGGAUAAAGAAGUCAAGAUCGGUGGCACCAACAGUGAUGAUGAUGACAACAACACAGACCAAAAACCAUCAACAUCACUCAUAUUUGAUUUGAAGAUGAUCAAGACUAUCCCCCAAGUAAGUAUAAAUUACCAUAUGUUACAAAUUGUGCAAUUCAUAUAACUAAUACCACACAUGAACCAUUGUGGUAAAAUAUGGUAUUGUAUUGUAUAAUGGUCAUGCCAUCCAUUACCACCAUGGUAACAUGUGGUAUUCUACUGUAAAUAUUAACUUACAAAUAAAAAAUCACUAAUGCAGGCUGAGAGAGCACUAAAUCUGGUGAAAACAUCGAUGAAAGCUAUGUUGCAAUCAAUCAAGAUGUAAUAGAAAGCUCAAAUUGAUGAACUUGUCAAACACAAGGAAAUGUUGGAGCAACAAACUUCUGAUGACAACUUUGAUGGUGUGGAAGGAGAAAGAUCUGAUGACGUGAUUGUCGAACAAAAUGAAGGAACUGAAUCUGGUGAUGAAGAUAAAGAAGCAGACACGAACCUGGAAGAAAUUCUGAAGAAAAUUUUUGACCAGGCAAAAUCAAGCAAAAAGAAAGCAACCACAGUUAAUGAAUAUGAAGAAAAUGAUGAUUCUCAACAAACAACACUGGAUCUAGCUGCACCAACACAAUGGAAGAAAAAUAAGAAUCAAGAUGGUUCUUCAACAAAACUAGAAGCUCAACAUCAAACAGAAGCACCAACAACAGAGAAUCCUGCUGAAACUGCUGAGAAGAACCAAGAAAAUUCAGUUCCAGAGAAUGUAAACCAAGAGGCCAACAAAAAAGAAUACUACAAAAACCACCAUGGUAUUAUAAGAAAAAAUUAUUCCAAUCACGAACUAUAUACAGGAACAUAAAACCACAACAAUUAUAAUAACAAUCUAUAACAAAGAAAACACAACACUCAUAUACUAAAAAGACCAUAAAAUACCAGUAUGGUUUUUUAUGGUAUAACAUAUAUACAGAAACAUAAAAUCACAACAACUAUAAAAACAAUCUAGAACAAAUAAAACACAACACUCAUAUGCAAAAAUACCAUAAAAUGCCAGUAUGGUAUUUUAUGGUAUAACAUGGUAUUGUAUGGUAUAACAUAUAUACAAAUUUUAACUUACCAAACACAUUUAAAAUUCUUACCUCCCGAUUCAACACGCUAUGAGAAGAACUAGUUCCAGUAUUAGAUUCAUUCAAAGAAACAAUGACGUCUUGAUUAAGAUCACUCAUUGCACUAAAAAAGCUGAGUCAAUAGAGAAGAUUCAAAAGAUUCCUGCACAAAAUUUAACUACGGAUCAAUAAACUGAACAAAAAACGCAGACGAAAAAGAAAAAACAUGAUCAAACUUAUACAAACAGAUCACCAAGAACAGAAAGCAGAGAGCACAAAAGAGAAAACACAGAUAAAUCAUAUAUACACAAAAUCAAAAACAAAUUACAGAACGGAAUCAAUGCGAAAACAUAAAAUCCUACUAUAACUAUAAAUUACCUCGACGGAGACCAAACAACAGCCAGCCAAAACUUCAACACAAGCAAAUCGCGCCAAAACCUCGAGCAAGAUGAAGAAAAGAGAUGAAGAAAACCUAACAACUAAUAACUUGCAAGUCCGCCGCCGAUUAAGCUAAGAAUCGCGUCCUCCACCGACCUUCUCGCCAUCGAGUAAUCAUUCAGAGAAAAGCUCUCGAUUGCUAUGUUUACUUCUCAUUCUCUCUCAUAAAUCCAAUUCUAGCUCGGCAGAAAAUAACCAAAAAGGUAUAAAGAGGGAAAGAAAUAAAUUCAAAUAAUGGAGAAAAAUACCGUUGCCCCACCCCGCUCCGACCCCAGCCAUUAGAUCUCUCCGCUCCAGAUCGACGGAUCUUAUUGGGUUACUGACGGGUGCAUAACCAUGGGUUAUUAUGUGGGCGGGCCAUAAUUGGAGCUUCUUACGUGUAUCUCCCGUCCCCUAAAGGAUCUAUUAUUAUAUUCAUUAUACCAUAUGUUACUUCUCAUGAUCGUGUGGUUUAAUAUUGAUUUUUCAUUAGUAUAAGCAAUGUAGAGAAGAGCAAGUAACUUUGUGUUUUUACCUCAAUUUAUCCACGUUCGACUAGAAAAUUUUAUAUUUGAUGCUAAGUUGGUAGUCGGUAUCUAACGAUAUAAAAUGGUUAAAACCACAAUUAAAUUACAGUUUCAAAAUAAAAUAUCAUUUCACUGACUUUUACGGUACAACUUUGGUUCGGUUUUACCAUCCUUGAUUUUUUUCCAUAGAACUUCUCGCCAAAAUUCACUUCCUUCCAGGUCUGCUUCCAUCGAAGAUAGCGCUAAAGGUUGUAACUUGAAUUAUCCGUUGCUUUAAACUGCUUCGCUUUGGAGAGUACCACAAAGGUCAUCUAUGAUCUAUAUUAGAAACUAUAAAUUAGAUUUAAGUAA